AGUGCAUCACGUGACCAUGACGUCAGUGUGCGUCGUCUGGGCCGUGUGUUUGUCUCGAGGCGACGCGUAAUCGUUCAACACAAACAAUCGGUUCCAGUCCAAAAUGGCCACGGAUAGAACUGCAUACACGCUACUAGACGGGGGGACCCCGCCGCAGACGUCGUUCCUGGCCACGUCAGGCCCGAACAUGUUCGCGGACUCUCCCGUGGGUCUCCCUCUGCCUCCGCCGGCUUCUGCUUUUGGGCCUGGCGUACCUGGAGCCUUCGCUACGAGCAAGCCAGCAUCCUCGCCUUAUUUUCCGCCCGACUACGCCUUUCACGACAACGUAUCCGGUAAGCAGCAGCAGCAGCGUGCUUUUACGUCGACUUUCCAAACACGCGAAUGUAUUUGUUGUUCCCUGCCAGCUGAUGCUUACCACUGUGAGGACUCCGAGGACCCGCCGCCCUUUGACGAUAACCAGGACUUCGGUUAUGGAUUGGAUGACAAAACCAUAAGAAGAGCUUUCAUUCGAAAGGUCUUCUUGGUGCUAACUGCUCAGCUGACGGUGACGUUUUCCUUCGUGAUGGUUUUCACCUUUGUGGGCGCAAUCAAAGUGUUCGCCCAGGAGAACGUCUGGCCCUACAUCGUGUCUUACGUCACGUUCUUUGUGUGCACGUGCGCCAUCAGCUGCUGUGGAAACCUGCGUAGGAAACAUCCGUGGAACCUGGUUGCAUUAUCCAUCCUGACUCUCAGUAUGUCGUAUAUGGUGGGAAUGAUUGCCAGCUACCACGACACUGACAUAGUAGUCAUAGCGUUGGGCAUCACAGCUGUGGUCUGCUUCACAGUGGUCAUCUUCUCACUCCAGACCAAGUAUGACUUCACUUCGUGUCACGGCGUGAUGUUCGUCUGCUUGGUUGUCCUCAUCCUUUUCGGCCUCCUGUGCAUCAUCAUACGUAACAGGAUCCUGGAUAUUUUUUAUGCUGGACUGGGAGCGUUGCUCUUCACCUGUUUCUUGGCAGUGGACACCCAGCUGCUGCUUGGCAACAAAGAACUGUCCCUGCAUCCUGAAGAAUACGUCUUUGCUGCACUUAACCUGUACACGGACAUCAUCAACAUCUUUAUAUACAUUCUUGCAAUUUUUGGAAGAGCCAGGGGCAGCUGAGCUUGAGAAAGUGGAAGAAAAUCACGUCUGUGUGUUGUUUUUGCUGAUUGCGUACAUGGAAGGGAGGUCUUGUCAUCUUUGAUUUGUUUAGUUCCUUUCACUGAUCAAAGUACUCUCGUGCGUUUUCUUGUAGCUUGCUUGUUCCUAAUAUUUUGCCUCAUUAAACCUUUACUAAUUACAUCACA